AUGAUUGCUGGAACAAUCGCUAAUAGCAUAUUCUUCUACGUCUAUUCAGAUGGAAAGAAAAGAUAUAACUAUGAUCCCAAACAGCCCUACUCAUUGAAAACAAUUUUCAUAUCAAUGAGAGCUGGACUAGUUUCAAUGUUCCUAACUACUCCAAUGUGGACAAUUAAAACUAGGUUAGCUUUAUUUAAAGAACAAACUGGGUUGCCUAGUUAUUUGGCACUUCAAAAUAUAAUUCAAGAUAUGUACAGACAUGAAGGGAUCAAGGGCUUUUAUAGGGGAUUUCUACCAAGUAUAUUUUUAUCUGUAUAUGGAAUCAUCCAAAUGUUUUCGUAUGAAAAUAUUAACCAUCUACUUGGGUAUAAUUAAAGUAGCCAGAAGAAAGAUAUGUGGAUUCCAUUUUUCACAGGAGGCUUUUCUAAGUGUUUUGCUUCAGUUGCACUCUUGCCAAUGAAUGUUGUUAGAAUGAGACUACAAAUGAAGAACUACACUGUUGAGCAAAUUAAACAACUUAAUAUAGAAACCAGCACAAACUAUAAAGAGCAAAUUCACUACAACGGAGUCAUAGAUUGUUUCAGGAAAAUCUAUAAGUAUGAGGGUAUUCCUGCAUUCUACAAAGGACUUACACCCCUAGUUGCAAAGGUAUUCCCAGGAAGUGGAGUAUUUUUCGUUGCCUAUGAAUCUACUCUAAGACUGCUUGAAUAAAAAUAAUCAGAGUGA